GUAACUUCCGGUCUCCUUCGGACUUGGAGCAGUGUGUUCGCAGUGUGCGCGGUGUGCGACUCUUGUGUGCGACGUUGCGGGUACAAAACGGCGUGGAAAGACUGGAGUUCGUCCGAAUAUGUGACGAGUUGCAUGCACAUUUCCAGCUUUCGCUUCGGUCCGAUUCAACCGUCGACACCGCUUCUUCAGAGUCAUGUUCCUGGGCCAGGUCAUAUCGGUUCUACGCCGGCCCCUGAGGCCGAACACGCACACGCGCUCCGACGCGAUCACGGCGAGAUCGGUCGCCGCAAACAUCGUCACUCGCGAACUCUUUAAGCAUAGCAACCUCUGCGCUCGCGAUUUCGCGGCCAGUCGAUUUGAGUGCAGACUGUCAAAGGAGCUGUGGCAGCGCAUAACGGCCGAGGUGAACGAGCGACUCGUGAUCCUAGGCGAGAUCCUGGCGAAGCAGUGCAACUUCUAUCUGGCCCAUCGCAUGCGGAGAGCCAACCAGAUAUGGAACCUCUACAGUCGUCUGUACACGGAGAAGACGCUCAAGACACUGGCUUUCAGGUUCCUCGACAGGCUCAGGAAUCGGCCUCAGAAGCCUCUCGCGUUCCUCCUGGGCGCCGCGCUCUUCAAGUGGGAGCAAGAACGGAUCACGGACAGCGAGAUGAAGCGGUGCAUAGCCGAAUUCGAAAUUCUUUCCCAGAAGUGUGGCAAUGCAAAUGGUGUUGCCGCAAAUGGGAACAUGAAUGGAAACGGCAGCGGCUGCAUGAGCGACAAUGCUAAUGGCAGUGACAGCGCCAAUGGAAGCAAACAUGGCAAUGGAAGCACAUGCACCAACAUGGCUGGCAACUGCAGUGAGCCUACCCUGCACCCCGAGGCAUUCAAAGCGCACCUGCGUGAGGAGGGUUGGGAGCCCGUGGUGGAAAACAGCAAGAUGUUCCUCUGGAGGCGCUGGAUGCCAGAGACCUCGGGCUACGAAUACAAGGUGUUUGGAACCUUCUAUGACAUCCCUGCGAGGGCUUUUUUCAGCGUCCAGACAGACACCGAGUAUCGCAAGCGGUGGGACAAGCUUGUCAUCAAGUUGGACAUCAUCGACCGUGAGGCAAAGGGUGGCUGUGAGGUGGUGCACUGGGUUAUGCAAUAUCCCUUCCCCAUGUACAAGCGGGACUACGUCUACAUUCGGCGGGCCUUUGUGGACAGCCGGCGCAACGUCAUGGUGCUCAUGUCUCGCUCGACGGAUCACCCUGCCUGCCCUCCCAUCAACGAGUGCGUCCGAGUCACCAAGUACACAUCGCACAUGGUGAUCCGACCCCACAGGGGCAUUGACGAGGAUGGUUUCGACUUCCUGCUGUCAUACUACGACGAUCCGCGCUCUUCGUUCCCGGGCCCCAUCUACAGUUGGAUGGCUGCGUCCGGAGUACCAGACUUCCUUGAAAAGUUGCACGGUGCUGCCAAGGACUUGCACGUGAAAAACACCAAGGCUCCAGUGUCCAAUCUUCCCCAGGGAUCUGGAGUCCAGUGUGCUUACGCUUGAGUUAGUGUUGGCCUAUCUCACUCAUUUGCUCCCUCUCUGUCCACUAACUUUCACCUUUUGGGCACUCUCUUGGGCAAGGUGCCCUGGUUAGUUUCAUGGACGCCCAUUGCAAAGCAUCUGAAGAUGACCCCCUGGUGAAAACACAUCUGUAGUGUUUUUUUUGGUGGGUGAUUACCAAAAUACUUGUGGCCAAUUGAUUGCCAUGGCAUGAAACUCUCGUUUGAUGAUCUGCGUGCAUGUUUACAGAGUUUAUAGAAUGUGGAAUUAAAGUUUCUAAGGUUUAUGUUUGGCAGCAGCAGUGUGAAGGCUUUGCUGAAUACUCUAGGAAUGUCUGCAGUACUGAAUGGUAAAUGUAGGUUCAAGGAAAUAGGAAUUGUAUGGCACAAUGCUAUCGGGGGUCAGUUUUUUUGUGUGUGAUGGCUAGGUGGGACAGAUAGUUUUGUAUGUUUGCACUGUGCUUUAUCACGACAAUUGCUGCCGGGUAUUUUGUCGCUUCUGUCCAGUUUGCAGUAAUUGUUUGCUAACGGAGCUUUCUGGUAGUCCUGUUCUGGUCACUUCGAAUGUAGUCCGGGAGCCAGAUCUCUUGCCAAAAUGAUUCAAAUUCCACAUUCUAUUGAGAGUGGUGAGAUGCUGUGGCAGUCUAAUAACCCUUCCUUUAUUUUUUUCUUCCACUGGGCAUGCCUGAUGGUUUUGUGGUUAUUGCUGCAUUCAUAGCAAGUUGAGACAAACACUGGAGUUUUGGAACUUACCUGACAAGGUGACACGGUAUCCUGGAGAAACUGGAGCAGUUGCUAGUCAAAGGAAAGAGGGGAAGCCUCAUUUUGCUUUUGAGGUUCUGAACAGUUGCUAUGUUGAUGGAUUUUAUGGCUUCGCAAUUGUUCUCAAAACUGCGUGUUUUGCUCGUUACAUUGCUGUGGCAUUGUUUUUCACGCAUGGUAAGAGUUCAUUGAUGCGACACCGGGAGUAGACAAGGAGCAGCCUUUGGUAAUACCGUAGGCUAUGAGUUGAAGAGGAUUGAGAGACAAGUCUAAAGCACAGUGUACGACAUUUUGUCUCUGACAUAGUAGUACCUCAUUGUCAUCCACGUCCUUUCUUCAUCAGAGCCAAAUAAUGUUUUCUGUUUGUGAGUUAGAUAGGCUUUAAGGGACAGUAUAGUUAGUGUAGUUUUCGGAUGUAAGCGGCCAGGUUAUGAUACAGGCUCUUGCUGAUUAUUUAAAAGUGUCUUUAUUUUGCCAAUCUUGUUUAGUCAUUUAUUCUGAUUCCAGUUGUGGUCGAGGGGCCGCCCAUACUUCUGCUCGGACCGAAAGGACCUGAGCAAUUACUAUACGAAGUACAUAGUUCUCGGCCAUUUUUUAUUAAUUCUGCUCACCACCAGCCAAGCAAUAAGCUUGUCUUAGUGGGCACAAAUCUUCUCCGAUAGUUGUGGUUGUCAACUAGCAGUAUUGGCUAGUUCUUGGAGCUGUGCUUGUCAUUUGCUUUCUCAUUCAGCUGAAAGAUAACGCGGGGUCUGCUGUUUGGCAAGUGAGGCGGUGCCGUGCAUCACGGCUGUCAAAAUCUAUUGCCUUUCCUAAAACUGUCCUAGUUCCCUUGAGCACUGUGUGUCAGAUCAGCAUUUUAAAAAAAGAUGUGACUGAGAAACAAAGCUUACCUGAAGGACUAUUAGCGCCAUUUGAUGUCUGCAUCCCACCAUAUCUUUUUGCCGGCAAAAUUUUAACAAAUUUGAGUUUUGUUCUAAAUCUGUGCAAGGUCGCAAAGAGCACAAGCAGUGAAGCCAACAAUCUCUAAUCACUUUGAAAAAAAGCAGCCUCACCCUUAGAUCUUUAUUGGAAUUUAUACACAUGUAUUCUAAGAUACCAGUGAACUCUCACCCCAAAUUGAAAGAGAAAGGUGUCACAAUCGAGCAUGGGCCUGUGCCAGUGCCUGUGCCAGAUUUCUGCAUACUUCAUAUGCUGUAGCCAACAGUUAAAUUUAGGGUUCUUGUGCUGAUAUGGGCACAUGCUUUCAUUUACGACAUGUAAGCAUGGGCCAACAGAUAGUUGCCAUGUGGAAGUGCGAUUGGAAUGUUGGGAGUCACAGCUUUAAAGGAGGCUGUAUCAGACUUGCUGUAACUUGGAACUGUGGAGUCCUUUCUUGGGAGGGUGUUUUAUUUUGUUGCUGUUUAAAUGGCAGUUUGUUGCCUGAGAUGGUUCAUUAAUGCCUUAGUGUAUUGUUCCAUUUAACUUUGAAGCAUGUGGGGACAGUGGAAUGUUUUCUUUCUUGUGCAUUCUACUAUUGCUCAAAUCCUUGGAGUUGGAUUACAGUGUGAAAGUUUCAAGGGUGGAGUCUAACCAUGACAUCAAGUUUGUGAUGCAGUAUGUGUUCCACUGACAUGUCACAAAGACUCUCCGUAAAAAAAAAGAAAAAAAAAAUUAACACUGACCUGUUUUUCCUUUGAAUCUGUGCUAUUCUGUGACAAUUGAUUUGCUAUGCUGGCUUAAAGCUCAUUCUUCCAGCCAGUACCAUGUUAGUAGCAUUUACCCGCAUGUAAAAUUUCUGUCGUAAGGCUCGAACAAAAAAACGGAUAUGGUCUUGUUUUUGCAAAUUCUCAUUACACUUUAAGAUGUCUUUUUUAUAUACCGUAUUUAGUUGAGUAAUAGCCGCACUGUUUAUGAAGAAAGCCCGAGUGUUCACUUUCCCGCGGAGCACGCAGAUUGCCAAUCACCGCGUUCGACAGCAUGAUUCCAGCUGUUUACAGGACAGAGAUAACAUCUUCGUGCCAAGAUACCAUCUUUAAAGAUCGAAUUUGUAUGGAGAAUUGUGUUCUCGAUCUGGUUAUUCGCUAUGUUAUUUAUGCGCAACGCAAUGAUUGGUUGUAUAUGUGUUCUGUGGGAAAGUAAACGCAAGGACCUCGUUCAUAAAUAGUGCGGCUAUUACUCGAGUAAAUACGGUGUAUAAAUCUAUAUACAGUAUAUAUAUAUAUACGGGCAUUUUUUAUCGUCUUACGGCGGUCUCCGAAGAGGAAAUAAUCAAAAAUAUGAUGAUGAUUGAACCAUACUUGAUUGAAUGAAUCAGUGUCUUACGAAACCCCAUGAAGCCAAAAUAUACGGCGGAGCCAGGAUCCUGGCUCCACCGUAUAUUUUGGCUUUCGGGAGUUUCGUAAGACAUUGAUUCAUUCGAUCAAGUACAGUUCAAUCAACAUCAUAUUUUCGAUUAUAUUUACAGGGUGUUUCACGAAAGGUGGACUAAUUCCAUAUUGCGAAAACUGCGUCGCAACAAAAAAAAGACAUUUGUCGUUUUGGUCCUGGGCCAGGGGCCUAUUUAGGAAAGUUAUUAAAGUCCGAGAUAAUUAGGUUGUUAAUUAUUUUUGCGUAAUUAACUUUUUAAUAUUGUGUUUAAGGGCAUGGUUUCAAUUAGAAAAUUGCUCAGCAUCUUCAAAAAACACAAAAUCAACAAAUGGCAGAACGAUAGAAGGCACGCGAAGCAUUUUACGGCUUUUUGAAAAACUGCACAAAUUCGACAGGUUUUUGAGUUUCGGUUUGCUAUCAGAGCGCAUCUUGGCCCCGGCGGCACCGCACCCCAUGGGGAAAUAGUGCAACCAACCUCUGCUGCGCUGUCAUCACGCGACGCAGCAGAGGCUGGUUAAUAAGCUAUCGCCAGUUUAUUUUAUUUUUUUUUUAACCACCUUUGUCAUAGAAGGUGCUCAUUUAGAGCAUACAUUUUGGCAUUUUCGGUAGUCAAAACUGGCGUUUCUUAGUAUACCCUGUCAGCGAAUUGUGAAAGAGCAUCGACUUGAUAAAGUUUUCUAAAUAAAUUAUUUCACUUUUCUUUUUGGGCAGUUCAGUGUAGUAAAAAUAUAUUUUGUUCCCUGAACUUGGCAUACAUGAUGUGUAUGGUUAAAAAGUAUAUACAGCUAAUUAUUCCCAUUUUAUUUUUAGAAAUGUUUACUCUUUAGUUAGCAAGAAAAUUAUGUGGCUUUUUGCAGGGCAAAAAAUUGUUUUGUGAUAUGUUGAGUAUGGUCUCACCUUGGGGUUGCAGCUUGCUACUCUUUUCACGCUUUUAAAACUGCAUGACCAUAUCCAUGAUGUCCUUAUUUACUGUAUGGCUCCUGGAAGGUAUAUAUGUCGGUUGAAGUCAAUUUUGAGUAUUUGUCAUAAAAGCAUUGAGCAACUAGUAUAAGGUUAUCAAAUUUUCCCACUGACGUGUAUUGAAAUUAUAAAACACUUCAACAAGAAAUAAACAAUGGGUUUGUUUUCUGCAAAA